AUGACGCUCGCAAUUCUCUGGCGCGGGCUACUCACUACCAUUCUGAUCUCUCGUGUCCUCCUCAAUGUCCGAGCCGCAGCGCGGUCCACACGCGGAGAGCAGUCUCAAACGCCCUCCUUCGUCCGAUCGCAGCGUGGGCUCGAGGCACAAGGGGACGUCGAGGACAUGUCGUUCGAAUUGAACAUCCUUAGCAGCGCCAAACAAGCCCAGGGCACCCAUCGCGCUUACCUGCAAGACUCUAUGGAACAUGAUGAAAUUAUUGCCGAACCGCGCAGCACGGCGGACAAUGUUUCCACUACCGGUGACGCUCAGGAGGACGUGAACGAAGAAGAGGGGAUGGACGAAAUCGAGGAAGAGAUGCGGUCGGAUGGGGAGAAUGAUGUGUGA